GCAGAGGCAGAGAAGAGAGAGCUCUAACUCCCGAUCAGUGAGACACAGGCAGACAGACAGGCAGGCAGCAGGAGAGCAGACAGACAGGCUCACACACUGACUGACAGAACCACCGCCGGACCAUCAUGGACUGGAUCAAGACAGAGAGACCCGUCUCCGGAUGAGACAGGACGGCCUGGCUCCUGUGUUUUUGGGGGGACUCUGCCAUAGAUACGUGGAAUAACCGACAACCUAUUGGGAGAUUUAACCCCGUGCUACCCGUGAUGGAAUAUUUACACUCUUCUCAUUUUCUCAUGUUUCUCCUCUCCUCUUCCUCCUCCUUCUCUUCCUCCACCUCCUCGUCUUCAUCCUCGCACAUUUUGACACGCUGCUGAAGAUGCGCACGAAUGCGUCUUUUGCGCACUUCCAUCGCAACCGCCACUGACAGCGCCCGUGCUUUAUAACCUUUUGAAAGCUUCUUUUUUUUAAGACAACAGAGGAGAGUGAGAGCGAGGUGAGAAUUGAAUUGAACGCGGUGCUGGUCUCAUGUUUCUCGCCUAGGGCCCGGAUGUACCGAGAGAUGCACCGGUGCGUUUUCCCGACCGGUUCCGCCGAAAGCUCCCUCUUUUUUCUCGCCUUCACCUCCAUCAUGGGGAUUAGGUAAUAUUCACUCCAUCCGAAGACACCCUCCCCAUAAACAGAAAUAACGGAAUACCCAAGACUGUCCGUGUCAGACAGUUAUUUCUUCUUUUGCCCCCCUUUUUUAAUUUCUUUAUUUUUGGGGGCUUUUUUUCCUCGUUAUUUCCCCUCCGCCUCUCCAGCUUUUCCCCCUCUCUCUUCCACUCACCUAUAGGGAUAACGCCGGACUACAUUUAUGGUAAAUGAAAGCAAAAACAUGUACAUCCCGGAGGACACCCUUGAGAACCAUCAAGGCUCCGACUACUCUCCCCCUCCCCCCCUUCCUCCCCCUGUACUGACCAACGAGCACAGUGGCGGUGGCAGCCACAGUGACCAUGGUGGAGGAGGGGGCGGGGUCAACCAUGGGGUGGGUGUGGUGGGCGUGGUGGGCCUGGCCCCGGAGCACAUGGCCACACCGGGGGCGGCCCUGAGCUGGCAGGCGGCUAUCGACGCAGCGCGGCAGGCGAAGAUAAUGGGCAACACUUCGUCAAGUGUAGGGGCGGUGCCCGUGUCGGGAGGGGGCGGGCCCAUCUCCACGGCCAGCUCCACCCAACGGAAGAGACAACACUAUAGCUCCAAGCCCAAGAAACAGACUACAACGACAGCCACAAGGCCGCCACGGGCCCUGCUCUGUCUCACACUCAAGAACCCCAUCCGCAGGGCCUGCAUCAGCAUCGUAGAGUGGAAACCAUUUGAAAUCAUCAUCCUGAUGACCAUUUUCGCCAAUUGUGUGGCCUUAGCUGUCUACAUCCCCUUUCCCGAGGAUGACUCAAACGCCACCAACUCCAACCUGGAGCGUGUGGAGUAUCUUUUCCUCAUCAUUUUCACGGUGGAGGCUUUCCUGAAGGUAAUAGCCUACGGCCUGCUCUUCCACCCCAACGCCUACCUGAGGAACGGCUGGAAUCUGCUCGACUUCAUCAUCGUAGUUGUAGGGUUAUUCAGUGCGAUCUUGGAGCAGGCCACAAAAGGCGACGGGGCCACUCCUAUUGGAGGAAAGGCAGCGGGCUUCGAUGUCAAGGCUCUGAGGGCCUUCAGAGUACUCAGACCCCUCAGACUGGUCUCUGGAGUACCCAGUUUACAGGUAGUGUUGAACUCCAUAAUCAAAGCCAUGGUUCCUCUGCUCCACAUCGCCCUGCUGGUCCUCUUCGUCAUCAUCAUCUAUGCCAUCAUCGGCCUGGAGCUCUUCAUGGGCAAGAUGCACAAGACCUGCGCUCAUGAGCAAACAGGCAACUUUAUGGAAAAAAAGCCGGCACCAUGUGCGCCUGAGGGAGCUUACGGUCGAAAUUGUACGCACAAUGGAACCCACUGUAAGGUGGGGUGGGAGGGCCCGAACGACGGCAUCACUAACUUUGACAACUUUGCCUUCGCCAUGUUGACGGUGUUCCAGUGUAUAACCAUGGAGGGCUGGACGGAAGUGCUGUACUGGAUGCAGGAUGCUAUGGGCUAUGAGCUGCCAUGGGUCUAUUUUGUCUCUCUCGUCAUCUUCGGCUCCUUUUUCGUUCUCAAUCUCGUUCUGGGGGUGUUGAGCGGAGAGUUUUCCAAGGAGAGAGAGAAGGCCAAAGCACGUGGUGACUUCCAGAAACUCAGAGAAAAACAGCAGCUAGAGGAGGACCUCAAGGGCUAUUUAGACUGGAUCACUCAGGCUGAAGACAUUGACCCAGAGAAUGAAGAGGAGGGCAUGGACGAUGACAAACCUAGAAACCUGAGCAUGCCAGCCAGUGAGAAUGAAUCCGUCAACACAGAUAACGCCCCCGGGGGAGACGUGGAGGGGGAGACCUGCUGUACCCGGCUAGCAAAUAGGAUCUCCAAAUCCAAGUUCAGUCGAUACUCUCGGAGGUGGAACAGGCAGUGUAGGAGGAAGUGCCGGGCAGCGGUCAAAUCGCAGGUUUUCUAUUGGCUGGUCAUCUUCCUGGUUUUCCUCAACACUCUUACCAUCGCCUCUGAACAUCACCAGCAGCCUCAGUGGUUAACUGAUGUACAAGACAUUGCCAACAAGGUGUUGCUAGCACUCUUCACUGGCGAGAUGCUGUUAAAGAUGUACAGUUUGGGUCUGCAGGCGUACUUUGUUUCGCUCUUCAAUCGCUUCGACAGCUUUGUAGUUUGUGGCGGCAUUCUUGAAACCAUUCUGGUGGAAACCAAGGUUAUGUCUCCUCUGGGCAUCUCUGUGCUACGUUGCGUACGCUUGCUGCGAAUCUUCAAAAUAACCAGAUACUGGAACUCUCUGUCCAACCUGGUGGCGUCCCUGCUGAACUCUGUGCGCUCCAUCGCUUCCCUGCUGCUUCUGCUCUUCCUCUUCAUCAUCAUCUUUUCCCUGCUGGGCAUGCAGCUCUUCGGGGGGAAAUUCAACUUUGACGAGACCCGACGCAGCACCUUUGACAACUUCCCCCAGUCUCUGCUCACCGUGUUUCAGAUCCUAACAGGAGAGGACUGGAACUCUGUGAUGUAUGAUGGUAUCAUGGCGUACGGUGGACCGUCCUUCCCCGGCAUGCUGGUCUGCAUCUACUUCAUCAUCCUCUUCAUCUGCGGAAACUACAUCCUACUGAAUGUCUUCUUGGCCAUCGCUGUUGACAAUCUAGCAGACGCUGAGAGCCUGACAUCUGCCCAGAAAGAAGAGGAAGAGGAGAAGGAGAGGAAAAAACUGGCCAGGUUGGCCAUCCCAGAAAAGCGUCUAGCCAACGAGAAGCUGCCCCUGGAGGAGAAGAAGAAGGAGAAGAAGAAGAAGAAGAAGGAGAUAGAGCUGAAGUCCAUCACUUCCGAUGGAGAGGCCAACACUGCCACAAAGAUUAGCAUAGGUGACUACUGUGGAGAUGAGAGUGAGGAGAAGAACCCAUAUCCUGCCAACGACUACAUAGGAGACGAUGAGGAGGAGGAGCCUGAGAUGCCGGUGGGUCCGAGGCCGAGACCACUCUCCGACAUUCAGUUGAAGGAGAAGGCCAUUCCCAUGCCUGAGGCCCGCGCUUUCUUCGUCUUUGGUCACGAUAACAAAUUCAGGGUUCUGUGCCAUAAGAUAGUCAACCACAACAUCUUCACCAACCUCAUCCUCUUCUUCAUCCUGCUGAGCAGCAUCAGUCUGGCCGCAGAGGACCCGGUCAAGAAUGACUCCUUCAGAAACCAGAUCCUAGGAUAUGCAGAUCAUGUUUUCACUGGACUCUUCACCAUUGAGAUCAUUCUUAAGAUGACAGCCUAUGGGGCCGUCCUCCAUAAAGGUUCAUUCUGUAGAAACUAUUUCAAUAUUCUGGACCUGGUGGUUGUCAGUGUGUCCCUCAUCUCCUCUGGAAUACAGUCCAGUGCCAUUAACGUGGUGAAGAUCCUGAGGGUCCUGCGGGUGCUCAGACCACUGAGGGCCAUCAACAGAGCCAAAGGACUAAAGCAUGUAGUGCAGUGCGUGUUUGUGGCAAUCCGGACCAUCGGCAACAUCGUCAUCGUCACCACGCUGCUCCAGUUCAUGUUUGCCUGCAUUGGAGUACAACUCUUUAAGGGCAAGUUCUUCACCUGUACUGACAGCUCCAAACAAACGUAUGCAGAGUGCAGGGGUUCCUACAUUAUGUAUAAGGACGGUGAUGUGGGGAAGCCUGAAAGAGCCCUGAGACUGUGGGAGAACAGCGACUUCAACUUCGACAAUGUCCUGCAAGGCAUGAUGGCUCUGUUUGCUGUGUCUACCUUCGAGGGCUGGCCAGAGUUAUUGUACCGAGCCAUAGACUCUCACACCGAGGACGUUGGGCCCAUCUACAACUACCGCGUGGUCAUCUCCAUCUUCUUCAUCAUCUACAUCAUCAUCAUCGCCUUCUUCAUGAUGAACAUCUUCGUCGGUUUCGUCAUUGUCACAUUCCAGGAGCAAGGAGAGCAAGAGUAUAAGAACUGUGAGCUGGAUAAGAACCAGCGUCAGUGUGUGGAGUACGCUUUGAAGGCACGUCCAUUGCGGCGCUACAUCCCCAAGAACCCCUACCAGUAUAAGGUGUGGUAUGUGGUCAACUCCACCUACUUUGAGUACCUGAUGUUCACACUCAUCCUUCUCAACACCAUCUGUCUGGCCAUGCAGCAUCAUGGACAGACAAAAGGCUUCAAUGAUGCCAUGAACAUCCUCAACAUGCUCUUCACUGGACUCUUCACUGUGGAGAUGAUCCUAAAACUGAUCGCCUUCAAACCCAGGGGGUACUUUAGUGAUCCCUGGAAUGUGUUUGAUUUCCUCAUCGUAAUUGGCAGCAUAAUAGACGUCAUUCUCAGUGAGAUCAACCCAGCUGACUCCUCCUCGUCCUCCUCCUCUUCGCCCUCCUCCUCCUCUUCCUCCUCUCACCCCCCUGUGGUAAGGCCAAUGGGACUGCAGAACUCUGAAGAGAACGCCAGGAUCUCCAUCACCUUCUUCCGGCUGUUCCGCGUGAUGAGGCUGGUGAAGCUGCUGUCUCGCGGGGAAGGGAUUCGGACCCUGCUGUGGACCUUCAUCAAAUCCUUCCAAGCUCUGCCCUACGUAGCUCUGCUUAUAGUGAUGCUAUUCUUCAUAUACGCUGUGAUCGGCAUGCAGAUGUUUGGUAAGAUAGCGCUGCGGGAUGGCACAGAGAUCAACAGGAACAACAAUUUCCAGACGUUCCCUCAGGCAGUCCUGCUGCUCUUCAGAUGUGCAACAGGUGAGGCGUGGCAGGAGAUCAUGCUGGCAUGCUAUCUCAAUAUGCCGUGUGAGAAAGGAUCGACCAAUGAGAACAACUUGGCCCACGAGGACUGUGGCAGCCAGUUCGCCAUCAUUUACUUUGUCAGCUUCUACAUGCUCUGUGCCUUCCUGAUCAUCAACCUGUUUGUGGCCGUCAUCAUGGACAACUUUGAUUACCUGACACGUGAUUGGUCAAUCCUGGGGCCACAUCAUCUUGACGAAUUCAAGAGGAUCUGGGCUGAAUAUGACCCAGAAGCUAAGGGGAGGAUAAAGCACCUGGACGUGGUGACUCUGCUGCGGAGAAUCCAGCCUCCUCUGGGUUUUGGAAAGCUCUGUCCACAUAGGGUGGCCUGCAAGCGUCUGGUGUCGAUGAACAUGCCUCUGAACAGCGAUGGAACCGUCAUGUUUAACGCCACACUGUUUGCUCUGGUCAGAACCGCACUCAGGAUCAAGACGGAUGUUCGUGCGUAUGCAGGUAACCUGGAGCAAGCCAACGAGGAGCUGAGGGCGAUAGUGAAGAAGAUCUGGAAGAGAACCAGCAUGAAGCUCUUGGAUCAAGUAGUGCCUCCUGCUGGAGAUGAUGAGGUAACAGUCGGGAAGUUCUACGCCACCUUCCUCAUCCAGGAAUAUUUCCGCAAGUUUAAGAAGAGGAAAGAACAAGGGCUGGUGACCAAGGUGGCCCCCAAAACAGCGCUUUCUCUGCAGGCGGGCCUGCGGACAUUACAUGACAUCGGUCCAGAGAUUCGGAGGGCCAUCUCCGGAGACCUGACCGUGGAGGAGGAGCUGGAUAAAGGCAUGAAGGAGCCUGUGUCUGCUGCAUCCGAGGAUGAUAUCUUCAGGGUAAAGCGAUCAGGUGGGUUGUUCAGCAACCACGUCAACUACUACAACCAGAGCGAUGGCCACGCUUCCUUCCCACAGUCCUUCACUACCCAGCGUCCCUUGCACAUCAGCCAGAAGGGCUCCCCUUGUGAAGGCGAGAGCCCGUCCCACGAGAAGCUCAUGGACUCGACUACUUUUACCCCUUCCUCCUACUCUUCCUCCGGUUCCAACGCCAACAUCAACAAUGCCAACAACACAAGCAUGAUCGGAGUGCCGCCCCAGGGCACCAGCCGAUUCCCAAGCCCGUCAAUAAGCACUGUGGACGGGCACACGGGGCAGCCGCUCACCCCCAUCCUACUGCCAAGAUCUGCAUGGUGCUUUCCUCCAAAGAGGACGUGUUUUUUUGACACCCUCAUGCGCUCGGAGUCCACGGACAGCCGCCUGCCGAUCAUCCGACGAGGCGACGGGUCGACGGAGGAGGCGUACGACGAGAGCUACGGAGACAACAGGAAGUACCUAGAGGACGACCACUCGCUCUCCUCUGACAUGCUGGUAUAUCAGGAUGAGACAUGUAAGCAGUUGACUCCAAUGGAGGAAGGAGAGGAGGGGGAAGACAGAAGAGGAGGAGGAGGAGGGUGGCAGUCUCCCAGGAGAGUCUUCCUCUGCCCCACUUCUCUAGGGCGGAGAUCGUCUUUCCAUCUGGAGUGUCUGAGGAGACAUUCAAGGCCAGACGUCUCCCAGAAGACUUCUGUACCCUUACACCUUGUACAUCAUCAGGCUCUGGCAGUGGCAGGACUGAGCCCUCUGCUCAGAAGGAGUCACUCCCCCACCCUCUUCAGUCGGCUGUGCUCCACGCCUCCAGCCAGUCCCACAGCCACUGGCAGUGACCCCUCCUACCGACGAGUGCCUUCUCUGAGGCUGGAGGGCACGAGCUCCCAUGAGAAGCUCAACACCAGCCUGCCAUCUGUCAACUGUGGGCCUUGGUACAACGACAGUAAUGGGAACAGCCGAGGGCCAAGUCCUAGCCCCAACCCCAGUGUGUCCAAUCAGAGACCACCGCGGCCAGUGUCGCUCACAGUGCCCUCGCUACUGGGAAAAGACUCCAGCUCCCUGUGUCACGGCAGCGCAGGCAGUCUGGUGGAGGCGGUGCUAAUAUCAGAGGGUUUGGGUCAGUUCGCCCAGGACCCGUCUUUCAUCGAGGUGACUAAAGCCGAGCUGGCGGACGCAUGCGACAUGACCAUCGAGGAGAUGGAGCAGGCGGCCAACAACAUUCUCAACGGUAACACCGCGGCCAACGUCACAUCCAGCACCUCCUCCACCUCCCAGCACAGCCCCAGUGGCAACCUCCUCCCCUUCCACACAGCAGCAGCACCGCACAGGGACCGAGCGCUCAGCGAGGGCGGGGGGGAGGCCGGGGGGAGCAGAGGCUCCAUCCAUGGGCCGUCCUCAGAGGAGGAGAGGCAGGAGCUGCUAGCAGGUGUGAGGGGACAAGAAGAGGAGGAGGAAGAGGCAGAAGGGACGGAGGAGGGGCAGCACAGAAGCUCGGUUGUGAUUGGAGGAGCGCGGCAGAGGAACAGCGGGCUGUUGGAAGACGAGGAUAUGGAGUGUGUGACGAGUUUGUAGGAAUAGUGAAGGGUUCGAUUGGCCAACUGGCCCCUCUGACAUCAUCAGAGACUGACGCCUGUCAGUGCUGGGUAACAGCGCCGAGGCUGGCUCUGUCUGUCCCCCCCCACACACUCACACACUGUCUGCCUCUCUGCCAGACCAACUGCUCUGGACAAUGGCGGCCAGUGACGCAACCUUAAACACCGGGUUAUGACUCUGUUAGUCUGUAUAUGUGUGAGUGUUUGUAGUCAAGUAUACCACACUAUACUCUAUACUAUCUGAGUGUAUGCUUGUGUGUGUGUGUGUGUGUGUGUGUGUGUGAGAUCUAUGAUUUUCUCUAUUUGUACGUAAGUGCGUGUGUUCUCCACACGUGUCUGAGUGUGUCUCUAAAGUGCCUCACAGUUUUAUCAUGUCCUCAAAGUGUGAAAAGAAGAUGAGUAAAGAAAAGCAGAAAAGGUCAGGGGAAAGUAGGGAUGGGGAAAGGUAGAAAGGAAACAACAGAAGCAGGAAGUACUUGUAUUGACUUCCUGAAGUCAACAUAGUGUGGUAAUUGUUUUCAUUUCCUCUGCCUACUUUGGUGUUGUGUAAUUGUUGUUUGUCUGGCCGCCAUGAAGCCAGGUAGGGGACAGCAGACCAGCCUGUGAGGGGGUCAGUUAAGAAUUUAAAUCUGACCGCACCCACCACUCGUGGUCAAAGGUCAACUCCUCCUUCUCGGUUCACUGAUGAUGAAGCGCUGUAUUGAGUAAACAGGGGCGAGGAAAACCCUGUUUGAAAUCGAAUUUCUCUUCCUCUUCCAAAGCUAAGGAACCUUGGAGCACAGCCCUGCCAGCCUGGGGGGGGAUUAAGGUGACACACCGCCCCCUGCCAAGGGGGGAAGGAUUUGAGGGAUGGACCAACAGCCACAACAAAGCUUCUGUUAGGCGCCACGGGCAGAGCGACACACUCUGGCCAACAGGAAGCUAGCCAGCCCUUUCACCCGCUGGUCAGUAAGAUGUCAGCAGGAGAAAAACUCACCUUGAUCUGGCUCCACCUCCUCCGCCACUUUUCUUGUUUGGCCACGCCUACUUCCUGCCUCAAACAGGAAAUGGGAGGAGCAUUUGGUGGCUAAGCAGACACAGCGAGCCCCCUUUUCUGCCUCAUACCUCACCGCUCCUCACUCCUCCCUCUCUCCUUCCUCACUCCUCUUUGGAUACUCUACCAUUCCUCUCGCUCCUACGCCGGGAUUUUGCUUUUUUUCACCCUGGGGAGGUGAGUGAGAACACGGCAACAGAGAUGGAGGGUUGAGAGAGCUGGAGUGACCGAUUGAAAGAAAACUGACUCUGGGCAUGGAUCUACAGAGGAUCUGUCCAUCAAUCAACCUCACUUCCUUAUCCGAGACCCUCCUCUUCCUCUCUGCGUGGAAUCCUAUUGGAUUUGCUGCCACACACUCUCCCUACAGAAACGCCCACUAUGUAUUUAACAGUUGAAUAUUGUGCAAAACUGGCUAGCCAUGACUAUUUUGUUUUAAAUUCAUGAUGUUAUUGGUUUAAUUUAUCCUUGAUUUGUUUGCACAAUCGGGGUGCUGGUCUUAUAAAUGUAUUUUUGCUUGGUUUAUUUUAGGAGAAUUUUAAGAGGUUUUAAGUAUUGAAGCAGGGCGUAGUGUUUGCGUGCGAGUGUAUAACUAUAUUUGUGAGUGCGGGUGUGUGUCUGCGUUUUAGUACAGAAUGUAUGUACGUAUGAAUGUGUGAGAUAGCGUGUGUAUCUACAAGGGGGGUCUUUCUCUCUAAAAGUAUGCACCUUUUACAGAUUGUAUCUAUUUAUUUAUUUAUUUUUCCCAGAAGAGAAAAAAAUGUGUGUUAGGAUAUGCGUUUCUUUCUGUGCGUGCCUGUGUCCGAGCGGUUACUUAUGUAUUCUAAAAAGCUGCUUUUAAGCCUAGACAGUAAAUUAAGGUAGCAUUACAAGUAUGGUAUUCUGUGAGGGUGUGUGGGUGUGUGUAUGUGUGUGUGUGUGUGUGUGUGAGUGAGUGAUAAUGGGCCUCCUUAACACAGGGUUACCAUGGACAGGCAUGCUUCCAAAGCUUUGUGAUUUCUUUAGCACGGUUUUUACUUUUUCGCCAAGCUGCACAGCCACUCUAUCGUUGAAAAUGACUCAUUCAAAAACGUUUCUUUAUGUCUGUGCUUAGAGGCGGUCUCCAGCAGGGUGGGAGGGACGGGACGGUUCAGUUUACAGUGGUAAUGAAUCUGGGCAUUGCAGCUUGGCUAAAAGGGAACAGGCCUUUUGGCACUUGCUGCUGUUCUUCUUUAUGGUGGAUGGUUGCUCUGAAUGGUAGAAGCACCACAUUCACACUGCCACAGGGACGCCUCAUUAUGAAGUGGAGGGGGGGGGGGGUGACACCCUGAUCGCUCGACUGUAACACACCAUUAUCACAUGAUCUCCUCAUUUCACCGUAGUUUAAACUCCAAAUGAACUAUUAGGGCUGGUUUACAGAUGCUGCAAGACUUCUGAAACACAUCUCUUUCUGUCUGCUCAUGUCACAAAGCAUUAUGAUUUAGUCUUAUUGUCAGAAAUAAAACAGCUUCCUUUUUGUACCCUGACAGCUCAUUUACUGUCAGUUGAUAAGAUGUGAUAAUUGUUGGGUUAACGUGCUAAAUGAUUGGAUCAGAAAACUACUGUCAGCUUGGAGAGACGUUUUGUCCUGGAUUAUCCCCUGGUGCGAUUUUUGUGUUUUCAUUUUCUUCUAAUGGCUUGUAGGUAGCAUGCUGACAACUUUUGACUGACCUUUCUCACUUAUAGUUUCACAUGAGAUAAGGAAUGACCACGGUACACAGUUCUGGACUUCAGUUCACAGGCCACAGGUCUCACCUUGGUAAUGUCUCCAAAAAGAAACAUUCCUUAUGUCACACACAUCCUUAGUGCCAACCGUCACAUUUAUUAAACAACAUGAAGGUAUUACAAACUGAAAAUAAUGAAGUUAAUUUCUCUGAAAUGUUAUAUUACAAGUUAUACUAUAGUCACUGAAAUGUUGGAAACACUAUUGAUGUCACCACCACAAUCCAGAUGUCAGCUGGACACUAAGGUAGUAUUCAAAGUCAUGCAGAUACACCUCAGAGAGUAAGAAAGGCAACAUUAUCUUGAGUUAAAAACUGUACUUUUCAACUGAAAUUCAAUUGUCUUAUAAGAUCUAAAGGAAAUCAAAUAUUUUGCGAUAUAUUAUCUCUAAAAAUCUCACUUAAUCCCAGAGACAUUGUCACUUGUCAAUUUAUUACCAUUUGUUUUCUCUUUCAUUUGCCGUUGAGGACUCAUUCCUACAUGUUGAGCAAAGCAGCUUAUGGCAGGGAAGGGUACGUAUGAACACACUGCCAUACACUGCAUCCUGUGCCAGUAACAGACUAUAUUAUGCAAACUAAAUGUGAAUGUUGGACGUGUUCUUAGUGGCAGUGCUAUUGUUGUUUUGUGGUUCGGACCAUACUGCAAACCCUGAGGAAGUCUUUGUUGUCAAAGGAAUACCCCCCUGACAUUUACUCUGAUUUCUAUUUUCCUUUCCUCCUUUAAAAAACAUCUCCAGUAUUUCUGUCUUCUGUGACUCGGAAAUCACCACCUCAUGGGAAUAGUACUUUUAUUCAAAUAGCUUGGUACCAUAAGCUCACAUCCGUUUCAGUAUGAGCUGCUUUUAGUCAAACAAACGUCUGAAAGUUAGAAAAGCAGGUCAAGCUUGUGUGUGCAGGGAAGCAUCUGUGUUUAGCAUUCUAACUUUAAAGAUACAAAUAAAUCACACUUUGUGUUUUGGUUUUUGAUUACACACUUUGUCGGAUCAGCCCUAGUAAAGUUGAAUUAUCAAUUGAAAAGAUAUAAUUAGUAGUCAUCCUGGUUAUUCAUGCCGAUUGACUCGAUAUACCUAAUAUCUAUUAGGUCCAAAUCCUCAAUACUUCUAAAUGUAACCAGCAGACACCUGUAGAGUAAGGUAGCACUGUGUGUGCGAGCUGCUACAGAGAACUGUGCUUCCAUCUGCCAGUUCAACAGCUGUCAACGUGAAGGCAGUUAUGCUAAGAGUAUUGAAUGACGAUAGUAUGAAUCAAUAAUGAUCAGAACCAGUGAAAGAUAGGAUGGGAGGAUUUACAUUUGUAUGGCUUUACAUAGUUAUUCGUCACAAUCAUAAAUGCCUUGAGGAUUAAAGAACAUAGAUAAUUGAUGCGUGCACUCAGAAACUACAUUCACUUCAAAUUCUUUACUUUUGUGUUCCUAGUAAAAGUCCACUUGCAUAUUAUAGACACAUUUAGAGUGCGCCUGCAUAUCAGAAGUGGGCUGUGAUGCGUGUGUUUGAAGGCUGUUAGAGUUCACUGGAGGCCUGUGGUGUGGAGUGUUCAUGUUUCCUUUAGGUCAGGGUGAGUUGUGCUGCAGUGUACGGAUGAGUGGGUGUAAUCCUGCAUCCCACAAGAUAUGCAAUAACUAUGACUGUACACAAGGUUCCCCAAGUCAAAUACUUUUGAAAGUUCAAAAAAUAUAUAUCAUGACGAUGCAUUUUGAAGUAAACUCAGUGGUUUCCAUGCCAGGGAACGCUCACAUACUUGAAAUCAGGUACAGUGCCGUUUAGUAAAGGAGUAUUUGGAUCUGCAGUCUAAAGUGUGUAUUGAGUCAUGGAGGGGAAGUUGUGUUUGCUCUUUACUCCCAGAAUGCAAGCUGAUAUUUUAAUGAUUGUGCAUCAAAAAGCACUAACUUCUCCUCCAGGACUCAAUAUGUGUUUGACUGCAUCGUCUUAUAUUGUUUUAGUUUUGAAAUGCAGCUACCAUCAGUAUUGCAUGAGGUGGUUUUGCAGUUGUUUUGAUCUGAUCAGGUUAAGUAUCAUAUCACAUUAAGACAGCUAUUUCUAUCUAGUGUACAUAGAUUUAAAGUCAGUAUUAUUCUAUAUAAACACCAGACUGUGGUCAGCAGUGGAGGAAGGUGAUUUUGCAUAUCUUGUGUCUUAUGGGCUCAUUUUCUGGCUCUUAUCCCCCAGAAUGCUCAUGAUUGAUGAUUGUGGAAAGUUGAGAGAAAAAGCAACCUGCAGUAUUUUUACCCCCCCCCACACACACUUUAGACAGUUGUCACUAACUCUUUGCUUAUGUGUUGUCUCUGUCUUUGACUCAUAUCUGUUCCUUGUCUUCAGAGGAUGGACCAGUGGGAAUGAUGUGUACAAAAUGGACCAAAAUACCCCAAAUGAUUCGUUUUUUACAAAACACUUUGACUGAUUGAAACCAAGGCUCAGGACAGACGGACAGAGCACAGACACACUUACUGCUUACUGGCUGUAUUUAAGUGAACCAUGUACAUGAAAACAUGAGCUUAAAAUCCACAGGAUAAACGUAUGCUGUGUUCUGAUUCCAUACCACACAAUCUAAGGCAUGUCAAAACACAUAGGUGAUCUGGAUUAAGCCCCAAGUAUAGGUCAUGGUCCAAAUACCUUGAAUACUAAUUCAACAAAUCAAAUGUUACUACAUCUUUGAAACUGCAUCUUGACAGUUAAGAAACUAAUUAUAUUCAAUUCAAAACCUUUAUUUAUCCAGGCAUAUACAGAAUGUUGCUUUGUGUCGUACCAAUGACUUUAACACUUUGGACAAAAGUCAUUUUAAAGUCACGGUUUCACAUUUGACAGCGCAGCAUAUUGAAGUGUGCUGAUGUAUUGUGAACACACUGCAAACACCUACUUCAAAGAUUGAUAUCUAGUCAUAAUGUAUACAAAAUAGUGUGUAUUGUGGAAUUUGAACACGGCACAAGUUUGUAGUCUGCCACGUUUUGAACAGCUGAUUGUGUGUGUAAUUAGCAGGGAAAGCACAGGUGACAUUAAUAACCUUAAUUCCCACUCUGUGCCAGUUGCUGUAGAUCUGGAACCGCUGAAGGGCCAUUAUUAUUGAUAUUAGUUAGAUGUGUGUUUUAUUGAGAGCUCUGCCAUGAAGAGUGCAAGGAAGGCUGGGAAGAGAAUAAAGAGUGACAAUCUGUUGAUGACAAUAGGAGGCAGGGUGUUUGGUCUGAGUGGGAAUGUGAGAUGGAGAGUGUUUUUAGGGAUUGUUGAUCGUUUUAUUCCAUGUUUGAAUCGCGGGGUUGUCUAGGUUCGUACAUGGAGGAUUAUAUAUCAAGUGAUGUUAAAUGUGCAUGGGUUUCUCUCUGGGGAUAUCAAGUAUUGGUCCAAUGUGAAUGAUAGUACCUUGUGUCUCACCACUAGCCAAUGAUUGUAUAUUUUUAUACAACAUAUACCAUAUUAUAGCAAGAUAUAUAUGAAUAUAUAAUAUUUAAUCACCAGAAUGUUGAAGUAAAGGGCAGGACACUUAUUUGAGAAUGUAGUUUGUGAAAUGCUGGUUCUAACAAUGUGUUACAAAGGCCUACUGACGGAGGGAAACAGUGUUUGUUGGGCUUUUAGGUCACUUCACAACAUACGAUGAGGCUCUUCAUUCCAUCAAAUAUGACUCAAUUGAAAUAUCAUCAGCUGCAUAACACAAAAACCAAAUGACAAAAUGACCUUCAGGUGAGACCCCUGAAAACCAUUACCAGUGCUGUGACUCCAAAAGAGGCGAAUUGUGCAGAUUCAGAAGACGAAAUCCAACAUGCUUUUGUUUUGUUCUUUGGUAACGUGAAAACACCAGCAGCCUGUCAGCACAGUCAGAGUCUGGACGUUUCCUUCUGUAGCGCCGGGACGCCGGUCUCUCUUCACUAGUCCUGCAAACACUGUACACAAAUGCAUUAUGAAAGCUAUCAAAGACAUCAAACCAAAAAAUGCACCGGUCGAAGGACUAGGUCUCUCUAUGCUUUGAGCCAUGUCAAUCAUGUAGCUUCUAUUCUCUUCUUCCAAAAACAAUUAGAGAGCUUGAACUCUAUAUGAGUAGAAACUCUCAUGUAGUGCAGACAGGGGAGGAAUCAGUCCAGCUGCUGAGCAACCUAAGGAGUAUGUGGCUUCAUGCAGCAAUGGGACAACGUUUAGUUUGGAAGAGUACAUUGUAUGAGAUAUUUUAUGGCAUAUUUGAUCCAAAAAUGUUGAAUUGAUCAUCAGUUAAAAAAGAUGAUUAUGUGGGAAAGCUGCUGUACAUGACAGAAUACAUUCAUCAGUAUCAGGAGAAGACUUCAUCCAACAUGCUUUAACAAAACGUAGUAUUUUCCACAGUUAAAAAGGUAUUAUAGUUGUGUAUUUAUCAUUACCUGCACACAGACGUGUCACUAUUACCCACAGAGUGUGAGUGUUCUUGUGAACCGAAGUGUUUGUUGAUCACUGUUUGAUCCUGACACAGAUAUUUUAAGAGGACUAUUUUGAAUAUAGAUUUUAUUUCCCUUUAAAAUGCAGAGUAUCCUGCUGUCGUAGUAUUCUAAAUACAUCUCAAUCUUGAAUUCCCUUUUCUGGAGAAACAUCCUCUCCCAGUUUUCUCUUGUACAGAUUUUGGUUUGGCAUAUUGAUGAUGGAAUAUGGAACUGAAAGCUAUAGAAGGAAUAUAUAUUAUGAAAUACACGUUUUUAUUGCAGGUAUCUUCUAUUUUGGAUAUUAUAUAUAUAUAAAUAUAUCUAAAUGAUAUGAUAGUAUAUGAUUGUUUGGAGUUGGACUUUGCAGAGGAUCAAAACAAAUAUUGUUCUUUGAGGGAAAAUGCCCAAAUCAGUUCCAGAUGUGCCGCAGUGUUAAACUCUCCACAUGCUGGCAGUAUUGAUAUAGGAGCCAGAUGUUUGGGUUCACUGUAUGUGAGUGUUAGCCUCGUAUGUGUGUUGCCAAUGCAGGAGUUAGGGAUUACAUUGCAUGAUGGAUUCAUUGUCAAACUUGAUUAAUAAUCAAGAAAUGUGGCAUCAAGAAGGAGACUAUGUUCAUUAUUUCUUCAUUAAUCCCAUUCAAAGAACAUUAUUCAUUACAAGUUAUUGAAAGGACUUUGGGGGUCAAAUGUAUUCAGGUGUUAAAACCUUAACCAGUAUUGAAAGAAUCUCAAAGAACUCUGGCUCAUACUGUAGUCCCACUUAUAGGCACAUGUAAAGUCUGCUAUAGUGUUGUUCAUGGUGGUUCGGAACAGAAAUGUUAUUUAUUUGCUUCCCUCUUCCUGUUUCUGGGGCUGAUGAGCCCUAACAUCAACCAAAUAGAUUUGUUUGCCCAACAGAUUUAGAAAUAAUGAUAGCUCUAUUUACCUUUGUGUAGCAGCACACUAUGAGAACAUUCUGUUGGAGGGACUUGAAUCACUCAUUGAUACUCUUUUUUGUAUUCACACACAAAGCUCCUUAACAUUGCACCACGAAUGAUAUCAUAUCUUGAAUGUAGGACGCAGUGAUGCUCAUACUGGUGUACUAGCAUUUACUAACACAUUUUGUAUUUAAAAGUUGGACUACUGGUUUAUGUAUGGAUGUAUGUCCUUUGUUAGCAGCCCUGAAUAAAAUAAAAUGUUACCAACAAUCUCAGCUUUGAACUUAAAAGUCAGAUUUUAACUCUACGCUGACACAUCUCCCCAAACUUUACUCCAAGUGGUUCUGUCUUGCUGAGAAAGCCCAUUUGACCCCAGAUAGUUAGAACCAACAGGUAUGCCUUUGUGUAAAUGCAUCUUUAACUAAAGCGACCAAUCAGAGAGCAGUGUCCUGUAGUGUUCUUAGUUAUUUCUUGCUGGUGUGGAAACGCCUCUUUAACAGCAUGCAGGCGUUAACUAAACACUUUGAACCCAGGCAGGUGAUGGUUCACGGAACCAUCACCUACGCAGGGGAUCCACAGAUCCUCACAGCAGGGUCUCUGUCCCUUAUUCCCUGGGUUAUCGCCAUGGCUACGUGGCUCCGUCCUCCACUGGUCAGCAGUGUUUUAUGAUCUUGUUCUUGUCUUAGUUCAUGCAAAGUGUUAAAGGGCCUUGGACAGGAUGAGCUGAUUGUUUCUGUUGUGCUGUCAGAGAGAAGUCUGUUAUUAUUUGUCUGAGGUGUUCACACAGAGACCAAUUUGUUGUAAUAUUAUUAGUGACGCUACUGUUAAAUGUAGUAUUUAAUAACGGCACUAUUUAUGGUCAGAAAAUGAACCAGAGUGUGUUCUUGUACUUGCGGUAGCUUUGGAGGCAGGUGGUUAUUUUGUAACUGUUCUUUAACAUAAGCCACUCCCCCUCCACUACGAGGGAUUUCAUUGGUUCUGAGGUUGCUAAGUGACACUGGCCCAACAUCACUUGGUUCCCUCAGUAACCAUUUGUCUCCUAGGUGAUGACUGCAUGGUCUCACAGCUGACACUCCCUUUGUUCUUCUUCUGCUUCUUUCUUUGUUCUGAAGGAGAGUUCUUGAUUAUUAUUUUUUCCUUCAUUCACUUCAUUUUACAUUUUAGAAAGGGAAAGAAUACAAAUGAAAUAAAUCAGAAUAUUAAUUCAAUCACUUUUCUACUCCUAUUUUCAAUAAAAAGUUAAAUGAAAAACCAAACAAAAAGUUGAUUUGUAAAUAAGUAAUGUACAGUUUGUAUCUGUAACUUGUCAGUCUGUCAUUGGUGACAGAGUCUGUCUUGCUUAUAACGCACGCUACCAGUAAAUAAAAAAAGGAAAAAGUAUAUUUAGACUGUAUGGUCCCUUGAAAGCAAGUUUUAAAUUAAUAUCUGAUGUAUAUCCUGUAACAUUGCAUUUUUAUCUGAGGAAUGAUGUUAUUAAAAAAUUGCAAAUAAAUUGCAUUUCCUACA